CUCCCCCUGGCCGGCUGGUACAAGAGCGCGAAGAUGACCCGCGGCGGGGGCAGGCGGGUCCCCCCCCCCGGCACCCGCCCCCGGGCCCGCCCUCGUCCCCCGUCCCCGGCGCCUACGAUGAUCGGCGGGGAGCAUGGCAGCACAGCGCCCACGCCCGCCCACCCGCCCCACGACCAGUCGUCAGCGCUGCGGAAGAGGAAGCGCCUCAGUCAAGUGGUGUUGGAGCUGACCUCGCAGGCCGAACGUCGCUCCCCCGAAGACAAGCCGCUUCCGCCCCUCCCGCUCGCCCCCGCGGCGCCGGACCGCCCCGGCCCGCCCCGCGACGCCAAGCCCCCGCAGGACAGGCCCCCCGACCAGCUCCCGAACGCCUUGUCCUCGCAGCCGCCGUCAGCCGAGAAGGAGCCCAUGUUCAGCUGCCAGCCCGAAGAUGCUCCCCCGGGGCCCGGCCACGACCAGGGGGAGGAGGCCGGCCUCAGCCCCGGCCUCAGCCCCGGCCUCAGCCCCGUGCCGGGCCAUAGCCCCGUCGCUGGCCACAGCCCCGUGCCCGGACACAGCCCCGUGCCCGGCCACAGCCCCGGCCUCAGCCCCGGCCUCAGCCCAGGGCUCAGUCCCGGCCUCAGUCCCGGCCUCAGUCCCGGCCUCAGCCCCAGGGUCACUGUCCAGGACGAGACCGGCCAAGAGGCCAUGAAGGUGGACACACCGCCCUCGCCCAAGGAGGGCCCAGGGGAGGCAGGAGGCACCAGCCCCCUGCCGGAGGCCCAGCAGCAGCAGAGGUCGCCUGGGGUCAUCCAGGUGCACAGAUCGGGCGAGGGCGGCAGCAGCAGCACCAGCAGCACCAGCAGCAGCUGCGGCAGCGCCGGCACCGCGCGCUCGCCCCGCGCCGUCCAGAGCGACGUGUUCCGGUUCGACUCCCUGGACCGCGAGCGGUACCUCUGCCGCGCCAUCAGCGAGGAGGACGAGGAGGUGUUCUCGCCCGGCCUCCCGUCGCACAGUCCGCACGCCAGGGACUCGCCCGCCCUCGCCAGGGUCAACUCCGACUCGCCCAAGCUGUCCUUCAGCCCCCUCAGGAUCAAGGACCCCAGUAUCGAUGAGGAGGACCUGGACCUGGACUCGAAGUCGUGCACGGCGUCCUCGCUGGCGUCCGGCGACCCGUCCGGCGUCGGCUCCGUCAUCCGCGGGAUCCUGCCCAAGCUGAGCGUCGUGCGCAGCGACGCCUCCGACCCCGGCGGCCACUACCAGCCCUGCACCUGCCAGCACUGCGCCCUGUCUGCACGAGACCCGCACCGCCUGGGCCCCGCGGGCGUCCCGCACUCGCCCAUCUCACCGCUCACGCCCUCCUCCCCGCACACGCCCAUCUCGCCUUCCCCAGGACACAACGUCGAGCACUAUUUCCCGCCCACCGUCUACCUGCCCGACCUGUACCGGCGGCGCUCGCACUCGGACUCGGACCUGCAGCUGUGGUUCGACCAGAAGGCGCGCUCCAGCGAGGUGCCCGCCAGCAGCGGCGGCCAGACGUCGGCGGGGCCUUCGGGCGAGCAGCAGACCUCCGCCACACGCGGCUCCGUCCUGCGCCACGGCCGCCCCAUCCCGCAGCCGCUCUACCUGCCCCGCAAGGGCGGCUCCCUCGAGUCCGACAACUCCACGCCGCAGGACUCGCCGCUCGACCUGUCCGUGAAGACGGCCGGGAGCGUGAAGACGGGCAGCUCCUCCAGCACGGAUAGUCUAGUCUUGCCGGGCUCUGUGCCCCUGUCGUCGCCGCACUCGCCCCACCUGGCGGCGCCGAAGGACAUCACUCCUCCCCCCAGGUCCCCCGGGGCGCCCGACCACCGCCACACCUCGGCAUCGUCUCUGCCGGUGCCCGUGGUUAAAGGCGACGUGGCCUCUUAUAGCACCAAGGACAGCGUGGCCCUCCGCUACCACCUCGAGGUAUCCCCCGUGGUGGAGGAGAUGCCCCCGGGGGCGGACGUGGCCUUCGUGUGCCCCGUCUGCGGCCAGAUGUUCUCGCUGCACGACCGCCUGGCCAAGCACAUGGCGUCGCGGCACAAGAGCAAGCAGGUAGACAGCACCAGCAAGACGUACAUGUGCGACGUGUGCAAGCGCUCGUUCGCUCGCUCCGACAUGCUCACGCGCCACAUGCGGCUGCACACCGGCCACAAGCCGUACACCUGCCGCGUGUGCGGACAGGUGUUCUCGCGCUCGGACCACCUCUCGACGCAUCAGCGGACGCACACGGGCGAGAAGCCCUACAAGUGUCCGCAGUGUCCGUACGCCGCCUGCCGCCGCGACAUGAUCACGCGCCACAUGCGGACCCACGCGCGCUACGAGCUGCACGAGUCGUCGUCCAUGGAGGAGGGCGGCGAGGUCGCGCGCCCCAGCCUGCCGGUGCGGUCCCUCUCGGAGGAGCACCCGGCGCCCUCAGCCGCUCCUGGACCUGCCCGGCCUCUCCGCGCCCCCCAAACACACCCCGCAGGGCUCGCCCGGGCCCCACGCUGCCAGUGGCGGCGGCGGGGCGCAGAAGCAGGCCCUGGGCGCCCCUCCGGGCAUCGCAGGGGUGGGCAUGGCCGGGCCGGGCAUGUCGGGGCACCUGCCGCCGCAGAUGCAGCGACCCCGGAAGCAGGAGGAAGACUGAAGGGGGCCAGCGCCACUCGUCUGGUUCCUGUUUUUGCCUCGUUGAGGUUUGUCUCUGGCUGGAGGUCGUCCCUCCUUGGCAGGGAGGCCGCUGGUGGCCAGAGGCGCGCCAAGCCUCUCGGCGUUGUUUGUGUGGCGGAGGCGGCCCGCCGUGCCCCGUGCCGUCGUGCCGUCGUGCCCGCUGCGGCCGUGGCCAGCCCGGCGCCUGGCGCGACCUGGGCCUGGUCUGUCCCUGUCUGUCUGUCUCUCCGGCUGCCCGGUUCGGUCUGCCCGGCCGCAGUCCCCCCACCGCACCCGGCCGGGCGCGACCGUCACGGGCGGGCUGCGGCCGGGCAGCCGUGUUGGUGUCAGCACGUGGGUGUCUCAGUGUCAGUGGUCACGUGUUGUGUCGUGUGUAAGCCGCAUGCGGCGUCUCGGGCGGCGGGUCUGCCGGAGGUCACGCCCAGUGUGGGGGAAGAGGAGGUUCCUCCCGACGGAGCAGCCCUGGAGAGGAGAAGGCGCUACAGCUGGAGCUGCUCCUCCCCCACGAUCACCCUCAAGUAUCUCGGUGUGAAGAGUGUUCGCCUGCGGUGCCCGGGCCUCGGUGCUCUGCUGGGGCGCCGCUCCCUCGCGCGGGAGAUCGCGCUCCCCCCUGCUCGGGGGCGCCAGAGGUCUAUCGAUUGUACCUGCUAAUUUAAUUAAAUAGAUAUAUUAUGUUACGCUAAGCCAAGCGCCCCCGCGGGCACCUGGGAGCCCGGGCCCUCGAGGAAGGAGUUGUGGUCGUGGCGGCCGGACCCUCGGGCCCCUGGCUCGACGCCGGGGGCCAGACCUUCGCCGGCGUCCCGCGGGCUGCCCUUAGCCCUAAGGGUCCGCCCGGCGGCCCAAGGGCCAAGUACAAGAAAGGUCGGCAGGUCCAGUCCAGGCAGAGGGUCCGGCUGCGCACUGCCGGCCGGUGGAGAUGCUGGUGUUCUCGGGUAAUAAGUCCUCUGUGUAUUAUCAUGCAUUGGUCAUGUUCGCCUCAUGUGAAUAAUAACGAUUCAUGACUGUUUCUGUUUCUUGUGUUUCAACCGGCCGCGGCCCAGAGCCUCACAUCCCCCCCCCACCACCACCACCACCCCACCCCACCCCCAAAGGCUACCCACCCCAGCUAUGUCUCUCUUGGUAGUUGAUCGCCACCGUUUGAGGUAUCUAAUGUGUAUAUUUUGAUGUCUUUCUUUUUCCCCCCGAAGGAGAAAAGAAAAUAUAAAAAAAAAGAAAUCGUACAAGCUACAAUUAUUAGAUGACACACUUCUCUUAAACCACUCUCACGCACAGAGGCACUAAAAGCUGCUGGAUAAUUAUUAAGUGGCCCUCCCUCCCUCCCUCCCUCCCUCCCGACCCUCCAUACUCCCCCUCCCCUCCCCCCCACGUACCCUCCAGCCCCCAACCCGCAAGCUGGCAGAAGUGUAAUAUUAUUGGCUCGACCUCGUAAUCCGCAUUACACCCCCCCCCUUCCCACUCCCCCUCCCCUUUCCCUCCUCCUUCCCCCUCCUCCUUCCCUCUCCCAACCCUCGUGUUCUAAAUGGAACUCCCCCUCCCCCCCUCCCUCCCUCCCCCCUCCCCCCCGCCACCUAACUAGCGGUUGGCAGUGAUCGUGAUUAUUAUAAAGUUUUCCCAUAGAGUGCUCACUAUCUUACGUUUCUUAAGAGAACUAUAGAGCUUAUUAUCAUUAUCGUAAUUAUUAAAUAUUACUGUUUCCAUUAUGAUAAUUAUGAUCAUUUUUUGAUUAUUUCAACAAGUUGACUACUUAUAUGUGACAUGGUAAACUAAAGUACCUCUUAAGCACAUAAAUAUUAAGGUAAUUAUCCCUUGAGGAUAUAUAAGGAUGAUAAAAUACCAAAUAGUUGAAGAAGAAGAAAAAAAAAAAAACUCUCUAAAAGCUCUUGGAUUAAAGCUAUGAUCCACGUCGUCAAAAAAAGAAAUAAAAAAGCGAAAAUGUCAAAAUGUAAUUGAUAGUGAAUAAAUAUAUAAAUAAAUAAACAAUUGAAAAAUAAAAUAAAAAUAAAUAUCCGUCACCUUUUUUUUUUUUUUUUUUUGUCUCAAUAUAAAAGCCCAGAUGAUAUAUAUAUUUUUUGAAAAAUCAAUAACUAGAAAGUUUCUUUUUUUCCCCUCACCAAAAGUGAUCUUUUUUUUUUUUUCGGACGUGGAUCAAAGUUUCCUUCCGUCGGAGACGAAGCUCACCCCUAAAGCAUAUAUAGAGUCGUGUUGCAUUGAUUAGCUUGUACCGUGAAACAAAGCUUCCCUUUUGUCAGAAGUCUGAAUUCUAUUGCCUUUCAGUCGUAAAACAGCUGAGCAAUUAACUGGUCUUUCCUUCCAAGAAAAAAGAAAAAAAGAGAAAUUUAUGUUUCUUUGUCAAAACCAAAAAAUAAAAAAGAUAUAUAUAUAUAUAUAUUAAAAAACAAGGAAAAGAAUGAAGAGACGUGAUAGGGAGUACACACAAAGACAGUUAUAUAGAGAUAUAGAUAUAUAUAUAGAUAUAUAUUUGUUUAUUGCCAUCUUAUUCAUAUGUGCCAAAUUUUCUUUUCGUUUUCUUUUUUCUUCCCCCCCAAAAAUAAAAUCUCUUAGUCAGUUGCCGCCCGCCUUAAAAUAUAUGUAAAAAGCCUAUCCUUUCUUACAAGAAAAAAACAACAAAAAAAAUUGUAUAAGACAAUUUUUAUUAAAUGUUAAUCCUUACAAAGGCCCCCCCUCUCCCUCCCCUCCCCCCCUCUCCCUCCCCUUCCCCCGUGCUGUGAGUGACUGAGCACUAGGAAUGUUGCAAAAAACGAUCUCAGUUGCAUCUUUGCAUUUGAUUCCACUGUUUUAGGUGAGGUAUUUGAAUAUUCAUGCGUGUUCACUAAUGUAGUAAAUAUCAUUAGUGUUGGUAUCCGGUGAGAUUCAGCUUUAUAAACUUGUGACUUGGGAUGGUUUUAUGUACAUAUAUAUAUAUACAUACAUAUAUAUAUGUAUAAAUAUAUAUGCAUGCCUGUGUGUAUAAGAAUGAACAUGAUAUUUGAAUACUGCAUUGAGUCAGAUGAACAGAGUGUCAACUGAGUGAGUUUUUUGAAUACGGUUAAGUUGACCCCGACUCGCACCCGCCACCGUUGUGUAAUAUUAACCGAUCAGAAUUUCAUGUAUGUGAAUACGUGUUUUUUUUUAAGAUGUAUAAUUAUUUGUAUUUUUCUUACGGUGUCUAAUUUUUGUAGGUAUUUCAUUUUCUAUGCAUAUGUUGAUUAUUACUCUAUUUAUGUUGAAUGUAAAUAUUAUUAUAUUUUUUAGUUUAACACGUAAAGACUCCCUUAAAAAAAGACAGUGACUCUCGUCAUCCACGGAAGACAGUGUUCUGGUGCCUUUAGGUCUCAUUUUAAUGAAUAAGGAAUGUGACUUUCGACCUAAAGAGUGGAGGUUGGCUAACACUGUCUUCCAACGUUAGGGUUGGGUAAGAAGCACCUUAGCUAAAAGACAAACAAAUUAUUUAUUUUACUAAAUAUUACCCCCUGUUUUUUAGGGUGAAAAGAAUGCUCUCAUUAAAGACAAAACAUGAUAAUACAAA